AUGAGCGAGAAAGUUCGCGUCGCCGCCCUCCUGCAGCAGGCCUCGAGCCUGGCCCUGUACGUGGCUGCAGGUCUCGCCACCUCUCAAAAUGGUCAAUCCCCCUCUCGGAUCCAAACUCGGGACAGGGACUCCUCGGAGGUCUUCUCCACUGAGUCCGCCCCGUGGGGAAGUAUGAUCCCCAACACUGUGAAACAUUUGGGGCCGGCAUCGAGUCGCUUCCGGCUCAACACUCCCCCGCCGCUCAUGUGCACAAGCCCCGCUCCUCCCAAUCAAGCGGACCCCUUCCGGCGUGGGCCGCACGCGUUCAGGGACCUGGGCGGCCCCACGCAGAUGUCCCGCGACGGUGUGCGGACGGUCCUCCAGCUGAGCCCGGAGGAGGACCAGGCGAUCACUUGUCUCCUCAAACUGCGCUACCAAGGGCCGAAAGACUCUCAGGUAAAGUUGCGAAAUAUCGUUUUGGAAACUUUCCACGGGAAUGAACGAGAAUUGACUAAAUCGAAGGUGGCCCGGGGUGGCUUCGGUCCGACGGACGAGGGGACGCCCGGCGCGCCAGCUGCGCCUCCGAGUGGUGCGGGAUGGAAGGAGUUCAGGCAAAUAGACGCCGUGGAGCAUUAUGAGGAAUACCUGCUACCGAUCCCGCCGCCAUCCACGCAUGAGCGACGUCCCUGA